UGCUCCAUCGUUGGUGUCAGUGGGAGGAGGAAUAGUGCCCCAUCGUUGGUGUCAGUGGGGGGAGGAAUAGUGCCCCAUUGUUGGUGUCAGUGGGGAGGGGGAAUAGUGCCCCAUCGUUGGUGUCAGUGGGGGGGGAAUAGUGCCCCAUCGUUGGUGUCAUUGGGGGGGAAUAGUGCCCCAUCGUUGGUGUCAGUGGGGGGGAGGAAUAGUGCCCCAUCGUUGGUGUCAGUGGGGGGGGGAAUA